CAACGAUCGGCGAACUCCAUGACGCCUCGCCGUCAAUCUGUGCAAGACCGAACGCUUCGACUGGACCUGCAGAAAGCGCUGGGCGAAGGUGACGUUGAAGAAAUUCCCCUGUCUCGUCGGAUCUUCGAGUACCUGGAUCAGAGUAACGACGGCAUCGUACGACCAAAGGCGCUACUGGAUCAUUUUAACAAGUGUGGGUUGCGCACCGAUGAUCCACGUAUUUCAACGCUGUGCGACACGCUCCAAGACAACCCUUCGCUGGACAUCACCAUUGACGUGUUCGAAGAGCUGACCAAGGACUCAUGCGGGAUCAUCGAGAAAGGCUUCAGCGGUCAAUUGUGCAUUCCGACGUUUGACGACUUUCGCGCCAACGUUGAUCGGCUGAUCGACGAAACAUGCCGCCAUGCUGGUGUGGAUAGCAAGCACAACGUCACAAGUGCCAAUGCGUUCGUGGUGUCCAUGUGCACGGUCGAUGGCCAACGCCACGUCACCGGCAAUCAAUCCGAACUCGAAGUCGAGAUAUGCAUGGAAGGGUGCUGCAAGCCCAUCUUGUACGGGAUGGCAAUGGAGACGAAUCCUGGCAUCGACAACUACAUUUCCCACGAGCCCAGCGGGUUGGACUCGCAUGCCAUGAGUUUGCAACUCAAGGACAACAAGAGACGGCCGCACAACCCUCUCAUGAACACGGGGGCAUUGCUGUCCUGUGCCUUGUUGGGCCAGCCUGGGCAAUCGGUGGACGAACGCUAUCGCUUGUACGAGUCGCGACUGCACAAUUUGUUUUCCCGAACGUCCAAGAAGCAACAAGAUGAUGGGCAUCUUCCCACACCACUCACGACCCCCGUGUCGGUGGAAGAAUCCAAAUACGCCAGUCGCAAUACUUCGCUGUCGUACAUGCUGGACGACGCCAAGUGUUUCCCACCGCACACUGACGUGGCCGACGUGGUGCAGCUCUUCUUCCGAGCGUGCGCCGCGACCUGCAGUGUGGACGAGCUGUCGCUGUUCGCGGCUACCUUGGCCAACGGCGGCCUCCACCCCAUCACGAACGAGCGCAUCAUGCAGCCGCAGUCGGUGCGGCAGUGUCUGUCGGUGAUGUUUUCGUGCGGGCUGGGUACGUACAGCGGCGAGUGGUCGUUCCACGUGGGCAUCCCCGCGCUGAGCUCUCUUGGCGGCGCCAUGCUCGUGGUCGUGCCGGGGCUGAUGGGGUUUUGCUCGUACUCACCGACGCUGGACCGGUCCAACAACAGCAUCCACGGAGUGACUUUUUUCAAAGCGCUGUCCCGGACGUUCACCUUUCACAACUUUGAUUCGCUGCCCAUGAUCAACUUUCAACGAAAAGACCCCCGGCGCGACUCACGAACGAUUCAAGUGGAGAUGACGACCAAACUAUUGAUCGCCGCGGCCGAGGGCGAUGUGUGUGAAGUGCGAAGAUUGAGAUCGCGGGGAGCAAAUCUGGACGCCAUCGACUACGAUUCCCGCACGGCGCUCCAUCUAGCUGCCUCGGAAGGCAAGAUCAAAGUCGUGAAUUACUUGGUCAAGCAUCAUGUGUUGCUGUCGCCUGUGGAUCGGUGGGGAGGCACACCCAUGUCGGAUGCGAUUACGUUUGGUCACUUGCACGUGGCGCAACUGCUCACGAAAGCGGGUGUGAUCAGCAACUCGAUCAAGCACAAAACGUCGUCUCAGCCGACGAAGCAGCCCCCUGUGCUGCUGCAGGACCUGUCAGUGUUCUAUGCAGCCUAUUCGGGGGACCUACAGAGCUUGAAGGCGUCGUACACUAGUGGAGUGAACUUUAGCUCACUUCGAGAUUACGACGGACGAACGCCGUUGCAUGUGGCGUGUGCCGAAGGUCGCUUCGACGUAGUCAAGUUCUUAAUCACCACGGCCGGCGUUCCCAUCCUAGUGAAGGACCGCAACCAGAAAACCCCCAUCUCGGAAGCCAAACGGGGUGGCCACGCCGCCGUCCUUGAGUUCAUUCGAAAGCAGCUGCAGACGCCAGCCACCGUGAGCAAGCGGCAUUUUCCAGUGCUAACUGUGCCGCAAACCCCGCGACGCCACAUCGACGACGACGACAGCGACGACAGCGACGACGACUUGGAAGACUACGAAGUAUCGAGUCACUCGGCGUUUCAGUUCCUGUCAAUGGCCACGGACAACGAACCGUGCGACGAAGCCAAGGUGAACGUGUCGACGUUAAUCACCACGUUGCGGGAGAACGGCCUGCUCGAGACUGACCCCCGCCUCAAGAAGCUGGUGGAAAGCGUCAAGUUUUUGGGUGCGGACGCCACCUUGUCGGUGGAGCAAUAUCGGUAUUUGACUGAAAGUGGCGCGAUUUUACUCGAGCGGGCCCUGGCCAAGUCGCUGAUCAUUCCCGAAUUCAACGACUUUUGCGACGAGCUGAUUGACAUUUUCGAAGCCGCUAAGCUCAACAGAGGCGGGCACAUUGCCACGUACAUUCCGCAACUGGCAAAUGUCGACCCGGAAAAGUUUGGCAUGGCACUGUGUACUAUCGACGGCCAACGGUUUAGCUUGGGGGAUUCCAAAGAUCACUUUUGCGUGCAGUCGUGCAGCAAGGCGAUCAGUUACUGCUUGGCCGUGGAGGAAUUGGGCGCGGACAAGGUGCACUUCCACAUGGGGUGCGAGCCCAGCGGCCUUCGCUUCAACGACCUGAGUCUGCUGGACCGGGGAGGCUACCGCAUACCGCACAACCCGAUGAUCAACUCGGGCGCGAUCAUGUCGUCAUCGCUGAUUCGGAAGGACCUGCCGCUGCACCAGCGCUUUGAGUACAUCAUGCAGACGUGGAAGGCGCUGUGCGGGGACUCGGCCGUGGGGUUCGACAACUCUGUGUGCCUGUCGGAGCGGUCGUCCGCCGACCGGAACUGGUGUCUGGGCUUCAUGAUGCGCGAGGCCGAGUGCCUUCCGGACGAUACCAACCUCGCGGAAGCCUUGGAGUUUUACUUUGAGCAGUGCUCCCUCACGACCUCUUGCGAGUCGUUUUCGGUGCUGGCAGCGUCGUUGGCCUCUGGCGGGGUGUGCCCCCUGACCAACCACCGCGUGUUCGAAGCCGAGACGGUCAAGAACUGCCUGUCGCUCAUGUUUUCCUGCGGCAUGUACGAUGCCAGCGGCACGUGGGGGUACUCGGUGGGCAUCCCGGCCAAGUCGGGCGUGUCGGGGGUGCUGCUGCUCGUGAUUCCUAACGUCAUGGGGCUCGCGGUGUGGUCCCCCCGACUGGACGAGAUCGGCAACAGCGUCCGCGGGGUCCAGUUUUGCCAGGAGCUGGUCACUCGGUUCCCAUUCCACAACUUUGACGCGUUUGUCGAGCACAUGAAGCAGCCGUCGCCCGUGCAUCGGACGGCGACAGAUGCCAAGACCGCCGUGGACCCAAAGGUGCGGCGAAAGCUGGCGUACCAGCUGCUCUACGCCGCGUACGAAGGCAACGUCGAGGAGAUCCGCCGACUCAAGCUCCAUGGCGCCAGCGUGCACUCCUGCGACUACGACGGGAGAACGGCCAUGCACAUUGCGGCGUCGAUGGGGCAUGUGGCGGUGGUCCAGGAACUGCUUCGGCAAGGAGCGGACAUUCGUGCACUGGACCGAUGGGGCGGUACGCCGCUGUCCGAUGCCGAAAGGUACGCGCCAUCCAAUGCGUGCGACGUCAUGAAGCUCCUGCAGCAAGCCAUGACAGUGUAUCCAUAAACGAACCUUGACAGAGCUAGUUGAAUGUGGUCAGUGACUAGUGUACGUACACCUAAGGAGUUUACUCCUAGUGACUACACACGAAGACAAAUACUAAACAAGAACAGUGUGAGUUCAAGC